CAAAGUGGUUAUUGGAUGAAACGCUCGAGUUUUCUGUUCAGUAUAAAUAUCACUUAUAAAAGUUAUAGUAAUCAAAUAGAGUGUGCAGGAUUAUUGAUAAAAUAACUCAUAUACCAAAGGUUACAUCAAAUAGAAACGGAAAAUGGCUAGCCCGGAUAAGAAACGGAAAAUAGCUCCCAAGGUUUUUAACGAUCCUAUCCAUGGUAAUAUAGAGUUACAUCCCUUGCUGGUGAAGAUCGUAGACACGCCGCAAUUUCAACGCCUAAGAUUCAUUAAGCAACUCGGUGGCAAAUAUUUCGUGUACCCCGGUGCAUCACAUAACAGGUUCGAGCACUCCAUCGGUGUUUGCCACCUAGCCGGACGAUUCGUGCGAACUCUUAGAGACAAGCAACCGGACCUGGACAUAAAAGAUGAAGAUGUACUUUGUGUUGAAAUCGCAGCCUUGUGCCAUGACCUUGGACACGGACCAUUUUCUCAUGUCUUUGAUAUGAAAAUUAUUCCUAAAGCGUGGGAAAUGGAUGACCGUAAAAAUAAUGAAAAAUGGAAACACGAGCAAGGCUCGAUCGACAUGUUUGAUCACAUGCUGAAAGUAAAUGCAGGACUUGCAAAAGAAUUCAACGAUAUGAAAUUCACGAACGGUAAGAAAUUCACGGAAAAGGAUAAAACAUUUAUUAAAGAAUUGAUAAAUGGGCCAAAAAAAGAUGACCGCAAAGGAAGAACGAAAGAAAAAUGGUUUCUAUACGAGAUUGUUUCCAACGACCGAAAUCAGAUAGAUGUCGACAAGUGGGACUACUUUGCACGUGACUGUCAUAUGUUGGGUAUUGGAAACAAUUUUAAUCACAAUCGAUUAAUAUCAUUCUCGAGGGUUAUAGAAGUUGAAGGAGAACAGCAGAUUUGCUACAGAGACAAAGAAGCUACAAACCUGUAUGAUAUGUUUCAUAUCAGAAAUUUACUCCACCAGAGGGCGUACCAACACAAGACAAGCAACUGCGUCGAAAUCAUGCUGGCCGAAGCUUUGGUGUUAGCUGACAAGCACAUAACAUUCGAGGGCAAAGACGGGUAAAGGUUACUUUUGCUUCUUUAAAAAAAAAAUAAAUAAAAAAAAAAAUAAACAAAAAAAACAUAGUUAAAUAAACAAGAAAUAUCUUUAAAAAAGAUAAUCGGCGUAAAUUCAGUGCAAAAUGUCUCAUAGCUUUAGAAUAUUGUCAAAAUUAAUGAUGUAAAUACUUUAUAACAAUAUAAAUGUCUAAAGUGAAAUAUGUUUGGUGGUUACUAGUAUAAUCUAUGACAGUUGUCUAAACUUAGCUGAAACAUGUAUGCUCCUAUAAUGUCAACAAAUUAGUCAUGUUAUUAUAGAUGCUAGAAGCUUUUUUUGUCACCGUGACUUUUGACUACUGAUUUCAAAGUCAAUACCAGAUAAUAACCAACCACACUACCAAAUUUAGAGACUGCAAAGGCCACAAUCAGCUGACAACUUGAAUUUUAUUGUUAAAUAAUAUUAACUUAUAUGUAUCUGACCUUCAUUUUGUAAAAGCACUUAUGUCAAUUACUAGUACUAGGUCAUGAUAAUAACACCAAAAUCUUUUGAUGUUUAUAUCUUUUAUUUUUGAAAGAAUACAAACUGUAAUAAACAAUCAAUGGAACAUAUCAACUCUGAACUAUACUAUUUAUAAUGCCUUUUUAUCUAUCUGGCAAUGAACAUGAAUAAUUGAAG